AUCCAUACCAGGCUAACACUAAAUGUUGGAUUUUGGAAGUGUAAGUUCUCGCUUCGUCGGAAGUUCACACUUUCUAUCGAACCACAUUGCAUCUCAUAUGUUCUCUAUGGACCGAGCCGAACCAGGCGCCAACUGCUGGCCUUUGGUGCAGCUUUUGAGCUUCAGUUAUUAUUGUCAAAAUCGGCUGAUUUGAGUCGAAUUAGUGCCAAAUUUGAUUUGUUUGUUUUGCUUUAGUUGGCAGUGGCAGCGUUCCGGCGCUCAUAAGCCAAUGCCAUGAAACUUCCGCAGUCUGUGCGUGCGCUAUCGCCAUUAUCACCACCAGCACCAUUACCUUCACUGUGUUCGUGCCUACCUUCCUAUAAUGUCCUUCAAUCCCAUGGGUUCCCCUCCCCAGUGGAUUACGAUGGUUUUUACGACUCGGCCUCUACACCAGUCUCCUCUCAGAAACCACGGAAGCCAUUGAUUGCUAUCUCAAAGCAGAACCGAGACCUGCAUCCAAUCCCAAGAGAGAACCCAGAUUUACUUGAUUGGAUGCUAAAGCGUUGUGUGAAUUCAAAAGAUUUGGUUGGUGGGACGAUCGUGCAUGCUGCCUGCAUUAAAACGGGAUGCACCAAUGUCUUCUUCUGCAAUAGUUUGAUCAGCAUGUAUGCCAAAUGUGGAGGCCUCCAGUCUGCACACCGAAUGUUUGACGGAAUUCCUGAAAGAAACGUCGUGUCAUGGAACACCGUAAUAUCUGCCUAUGUUGAAGCCGGACAGGCGGCAGAGUCCAUCGAGCUCUUCAAUCGGAUGCAGCAAGAUGACGGCCUUGUCCCUGACCAGUUCACUUUUGGAAAUAUACUCAGAGGGUGCACUAGUUUCCGUAACCUGGACAUUGGAAUGCAAACUCAUGGCAUGGCUAUCAAAUCAGGUGUUGAGUCCAACGUUUUCAUAGCAAGCACACUCGUCGACAUGUAUUUUAAAUGCCAAAGCAUCGAAGACUCGUGGAGAGUCUUCUGUCAAACACCUAUUAAAAACGCAGUUACUUGGACUUCCAUGAUCACAGGCUUUAUCCAGCACGGACAUAAAGAAUGUGCUCUUGCUCUGUUCAGAGAGAUGCUUGAUGCGGGGGUUGAGCCUGUGAAAUUCACGUUUUCUACUCUUGUGAAAGUUUUUGAUGAACCCGUAAUGUUAAAGCAGGCAAGGCAGGCUCAUGGUUGCAUGGUGAAGCUCGGAAUUGAAAUUGAUGUUCUUCUAUGGAGCGACAUGAUUACAAUGUAUCGCAAGUGUGAAUCAAUGGAAGAUGUGGUGAAGCUUUCUUCAAGGCUGAGGAAUAAGGAUUUAAUCUCAUGGACCGCAUUAUUGGUGGCAUAUUCUCAAAAUGGAUACCGCAAAGACUCGUUGGAUAUUUUUCGGGAAAUGAUCGAGGACAGUACAAGUAUCGACAGAUUUGCACUUGCUGCAGCAAUUGGGGCAUGUACUGGUUCAGAAGCAACUGAAUUAGGAAGGCAGCUCCAUGCUUAUGCCAUGAGGACGGGUCAGAUGUCAGAUGUAUCUGUUGGAAAUGCCAUGAUUACUUUAUAUUCUAAAUCGGGACAGAUUUGCAAGGCAGAAAAUUUAUUCUUUCAGAUGCCUUGUCAAGACAUCAUCUCAUGGACGUCGUUACUCACUUGUUAUGCACAGAAUGGCCAUGGAGAAGAAGCACUGCUAUUGUUUCGAGACAUGCUACGGAAAGGAUUGAAACCAGCCAUGUUUUGUAUAAGCAGUGCCGUUAAAGCCUGCUCAUCGAUUGCAUCCUAUUCUCUAGGUAAGCAGCUUCACUUAAGUGCUGUUAAAUCAGGUUUUAUUACAGAGAUAUCAGUGGGAAAUGCUCUUGUUACUAUGUAUGCAAAAUGUGGAAGCAUAUAUGAUGCAUGGAGGGCUUUCAGUUACAUGCCAUACAAGGACAUCAUUUCGUGGAAUGCAAUAAUAGCUGGUUUUUCACAGCAUGGAUUUGCCAAUGAAGUUCUCGAUCUGUUUCACGAGAUGCAACAAGUAGGUCUUCCACCUGAUGAUUUCACCUUCCUCAGCAUUCUUGUGGCUUGCAGCCAUUCUGGUUUACUUGCUGAGGGUCUUUCAUGUUUCGAGUUAAUGAGGGACACCUAUGAACUUGAGGCCAAGAUGGAGCAUUACGCAAGUAUGGUUGAUAUGUUCGGCCGAGCUGGUAAACUAGGCCAUGCAAUGAAAUUUAUUAAAACAAUGCCGUAUGAGCCUGACUUGUCAGUAUGGGAAGCAUUACUGUCAUCUUGUAAGUUUCACAAAAAUGUAGAGUUAGGAAAAUUUGCAGCAGAGAAGAUGAUAUACUUGAAACCAGAGGAUCCAUCUGCUUAUGUUCUUUUGUCAAGCAUACAUGCAGAAUUGGGCAUGUGGGAUCACAAAGCUCGCUUGCUGAGAAUGAUGAAAGAUAGAGGUGUGAAAAAGGAACCUUCUAGAAGUUGGGUUGAGGACAAGGGCAAAAUACAUGUAUUCUCAGUUGAGGACAAAUCCCAUCCACAAACACAUGAGUUAUAUAUGAAGCUAGAGGAGCUCAAGAUGAAAAUGAUAGAAGCUGGGUACACUCCAGAUAUAAACUGUGUUCUGCAUGAUAUUGAACAAGAACAAAGAGAAUACUCGGUGUUCCACCACAGUGAAAAGUUGGCCGUAGCCUUUGCACUCAUCAACAUCCCCGAGGGAUCACCUAUUCGAAUUAUGAAAAACCUUCGUGUUUGCAGGGAUUGUCACACUGCAAUGAAGCUGAUUUCGCAUAUUGAGAAUCGGCAGAUUAUACUAAGAGAUGCAAACCGUUUUCAUCAUUUUGUUGAUGGGGCCUGUUCUUGUCAUGACUACUGGUAGUGGUAACUGAAGAUCAGCACACUACUUAAAGAACCUCCUCAAAGGACAUAUUCUGAUCUAUGUUUCUAUGCAGUGCAGGCAAAAUCCAGAUAGUUUUUAUCUGUAGUCCAACUAGAAAAAUAUCUCAAAAUUGAUUUCCAUUAUUAAAGAGCAUUAGGAGAAAUACGUGAAAAGGACAAUCAUGGGGAAAUUAUCAUUUCGGCUGGAUGAACUAGUUGAUGCUCAAUUUCUGGUUCUUAUGUCUACGGAUAUUGUUCAUGCCACCUAGAGGGAAACUUAAGACUGACUGGUGCAAACAUUGUUAUGCUGGCCAACAAAGGCGGAUGUUAAAAAUGUGUGAUCAUGAUACCAAGAAUGAUAGAUUUCUUAUUACUUGAACAUUUGUAUGAAGCCACUUUUUAAGCAGUUUGAGAAAAAGAACUUCAAAGCUUGGGAAACAGGCCAAAACUUCUUGAACUGGAUCGUAGUUCUUAAAAAUGCUCUCCUACGUUUUCCUACAGAUGUUCACAGGAUAAUGUGGUGAACUUCAUCGAGCCUUUCGUGGAGUUUACGAGAGGAAAAGCGAAAAUCUUCCAGUAUUAUCAAGAAAGUGGUACCGACGUUUCUGUUUCUCAACCCUAUACGAGCCUCCCAAGUAUAUACGCAGCAGAGGUUUUGAAAAUAUAAAAUUAAAUAAAGAGAAGAAACCAAAGCCAAUCAUGGAUAAGGGGCAGAAAAUUGAAAAAGAAGGAACUGCUUCUAGCCUUUCCUCAAUAUAUUGGUGGAUGAGGCUGACGAGCAUUGGUUGGUUCAUGUGAAUUUAAAUAUUUAAACAAGGUACAUGAGGUGAUUCACCGAUCUGCUCAACAGCAGAAACAUGGUCUGUGCGAGAGGUGGCAGCAGUGUUGAAUAACCGCUUGCCAUGUAAGCUCUAGAAGAAGUAGACUGACAUGUGAUGCCUCCACAAUAUUUCUCAGUGCUUUCUAGGCAGAAAACUCAGGUGCAGUGGCCACAGUCCGGAGCGAAGCAGAGGGGCCUGCUGAUCAUGUCACAGGAGUUCAAGUGACUAUUCCUGUAUCCGACGACCUUGUCAACCCUUCAGGCUCCAAAGGGCUUUGUUUCAAUCUUCAAUACCCGUAGCUCAUGCUUCCCAGAUGUGCCCGAAGCACAUCCAAGUAUUCUCCUAAAGAAGGCUUUCUCUUGGUAUGGAAAAGUGGUGGGGCUAGAGAUAUUAGAAUUUUUGAAUGUUCUUCUUUGCAAUUCGAUUGGAUCUAUUGCUUUAGUAUGAGUUCUAAUUGAUGGAUAUACAGAUCUUUUCUUGUUAGCGUUAUCUUUUAAACAAACUAUUACAAGAUAACUUUGAGGUGAAUACUCGGGCGUUUACAUGGAACUCCAGGUUAGAGAACAGUAAGCAUGUGCUUUCAAACCAGUUCAAGAAAUUCCAUGGUUUUCCUUGGCAUUGGAAAAGGGAACAUGAAUAGGUAAGUCGACUACAGAGUUUGGAUUUGAAUGUUCAAAGGUGGGUCUAGAACAUCAGUAACAUGGAUUAAGAAGAGUUAACAGAGCCUUGUGAGCAAUACCGUGAGGGACAAUAUGAGCUGCAUGUGAGCACAGCUGGUUUGCUUGCUACUUGUUUUGAUCAGUAAAGCAAGCUUGAUGACAAGUGACAUGAGCUCGCAGGGCAUAGGUGCGUCAAGAAUGGUGAAGUACACAAGCUGGGUAGGACUGUUAUAUUUCGCAUAUAUAUUAUAUAUUAUCCAUAGAAAGAUUUUAUUGGCAAAAGUGGUUCGCAUUGGCUUGUAAUGAGCUUGCAUUCAGUUGGCAUGCAAUUUAGCUUAUGAGCCAACACAGAGCAGUUCAAAGUCUUAGCUUAUGAGCCAACACAGAGCAGUUCAAAGUCUAUGUCUUUACUUAAAUUACCAUGUAUUGACUGUUAUUGGUUGCUUUGGCGAAGUGAAUGAUAUGAGACAUUCACUUGGUCAAGCUAGGUAUUGCUUAGAAACCAUGUACAAUCAAAUCAAGUCAAGCGACAAGCUUUACACUUAAGGAUAUGCAUUGCCAUGGUGCAAAGACAAAACAAAUGGACUCAAAAGGCAAAGCACCGAUUCUCGUUGGAGGUAUAAACUGUGGAUAUGCUAAUUUCCAAGCAUGUAACAUUUGGUUUUUCCGUGGGUGUGGGUCAAGCUAGUUGCUUGUGGCUGCAAUUACACGGACGAACAGAGGGUGACGGUUUGUCUCAUUGCCUAUAAGAUUUUAGAUGGCAACUAUGUUCGGCUGGGGACUUUCUCAAGUGUCUUUCCCUUCAUUCGAUUGGAUGGUGCAAGAGCAUUUGAUUGAAUGAUGUUAGCCAUUAUUCAAUUCAUGGUCAGCUGAGUGCCUGUGUUGUACUCUUCGUUCAGUUUAAAAGAGUAAAAUUUCACGACUUUAACAUGAGCUAAAUGAAGUGGGCUGAAGGCUUGAAUUGCAGGAAUUAAAUGAUCAGCUCGUGACAAGUGAUAUUGGAAAUUUUGAGCUACUUGGUUAUAUUAUCCAAAUUGGUCUUUGAGAACCAUGAUAAUUUCAAAUGCAAGUUGAUUUCUCAUGCAGUAUAAUGCAGAGUCAAGAAUCAGCUUUCCAUAAGAAGAGUGACUUGAGAAACGAGAAUAAAAAUUUAUUAGCUGUAAUGUGGUAGUUGCCUUGGUUUUUUCCUCGAUUGCGAGGCAAAUCUGUUAAGCACUUAAAAAAUGGCUUAGAUGUUGCUGAUUUUGGAAGGUUGCUUAAUGAUAUCUGAGCGUUCAGGGAAACGGCUACUAGCAUGGAAUGUUAUGGUGCAGGCAUUCAGCUGUCAUGAGACGUCUAACGUGAAAGGCCAAAUCGAAAAAAGCUUACAGUAACUUCACCAGAUGGCGGUUAACUAAAGACGUGACAGGUGGUGGAUUUGGCACAAGUUGAAAACAAUUGAAAUUUCGUGCUAAGACUCAUGGGCUUGGGAAAUUCCAUUGGGUAGAAAGCGGCGGAAAAGCAAGUCGUGGACAAAGAAGAGCCACAAAAGCUUCAACUGAUGGGGCAAUCAUACUUCUACUUCGGUAGGCAUAUAGUAAAUGGGGUGGCGGAUAAUUUGGUGGUGAGAGGGUGCUUUCGAUCGACUUUAUCAGCUUCAGUCAAAUGAGUGGUAUGAGGCAUUUACUCGACUUAGGGAGCAAAUUGUUUGGAAAAGACGAGAGUAAUUAGGAAACUAGGUAAAGCUGUUGAACAAUCGACAAGAGAGAAAGUGUUUCAUGGAUCUGCCUCAAUAUUUGUGCAGAUUCUUGAAACAUCCACGCAGUGUAGGGUAUUGCCAAGCAGGGUCUUAAUGACCAGAAAACCACCGAGCUUGUGGACUUAUCAGACUUCCUAGUUCAAGUACUCGUUCCUUACCAGGAAAAUCGUCUUACCGCUUCAGCCGUGGGCACUGGCAAAAGGUGCAUAUAGUGAAAAACAGUAGCAUGGGCUCCUGCCUGUCUAGAUGGUCACCUUUUUUUUUUUUUGGUUUGUCCUUCAUCGUGGCUCUUUCCAAUAAAUAGACUGAAAAAAGAGAUGUGCAUAUGUGCACACUGGAAGAGAUCAUUACAGGCAUCAUAAAAGCCUAACUGAACAUGCAGGUUUGCUGCUUUUGAAUUUUUUUUUUUCAAAUUCA